AUGUUGUAUUGGCAAAUUCAACGAGAUUUUUUAGCAUUAUUCAGUCGUGACGAUGUUACGAACGGCUAUUUUGAUCCAAUCGAUGGACUACGAGCUAUUGCUAAUCUUUUAAUUAUCUUUUGUCAUUUGGUAACAAUUUUUAGUGCAUUCAUACCAUCCUAUCCUCAUAUUCAAUGGCAAGAAUUCUUAAACAGUCAAGCUUUUAUGUUAGCACCUAUAAUGACACUGGCGUUAGAAAUUUUCUUUAUGUUGUCGGCAUUCUUACUCACCCAUAAAUUGAUUAUACAAUGGAUGAAAGAUGAUAAUAGCCAUCGACUAUUUCUACAACAAUAUCCAAAGUUGAUUUUGAAACGUGCACUGAGAUUUUGGCCUGGUAUUUUGUUGGCAACUAUAAUUAUGUUCAUUUGUGGUGAAUCACGACAUAUCAAUCCUGUCACCCAUCUUGUAAGUGUAUGGUUAUUCUUUCAAAAUUAUGUCGAUUAUGACCAUUGGUUAACUACAUUAUCUCCUCUAUGGACGAUCAGUUUAGAUAUGCAAGCUUAUAUUCUUUUACCAUUAUUACUAUAUUUAUUCUAUUCAUGCCGUAUUCAAUUUCAAACAAAAAUAACAAAAGAUAAAUUAAAUGAAGAUUUAUUUUCAAUUAAUAUUGAUGGUAUUGAUCAUGAAUUGAAAAAUCAAUACAAACCAAUUCCAUUAGAUGUUUAUAAAUCAACAAUAGUACAUGAAUUAAAAGCGAUUUUUGAAUCUAUGUAUAAAUUUCCAAAAUCAAAUCAAUGCUUUUUUGUCAAUGGUAGUUUUGCUCAUGAAGAUUUAUUAAUGAAUGAUUUAAAUGUUAAAAAUAAUUCACUAUUUGUUUUAUUUUUAACCAAACAAAAUGAGUACAAAAUAGUACGAGUUUGA